AUGAAGCACUUGGUGUGGGACAGUAAAGCGUUUGUAGUCUUAAUGCCACAACCCAUCUGCUCUGCUGUGGGGCGCUGAGCUCAGAUGGCUGACAGACUGACAGCAGGACACGGCGGUGGCCGCUUCGCUCACAGGACUUAAACUUAGCGCCGAAAACGGACUCUUCGCUAGUCUGAGGAGCUCUUAAUAGUACGAAAACUUAACUAACACCAGACCAGAAGUGUAGUUCGCCUGAAGCUGUGGGUUCUCGACGUCCUCUCGGCUCGAAAAAACUUUGGAGGAAUGGAUUAGAAGUUAGCUAACAGGCUAGCUUAGCAUGCUAGCUCACUGGUGCGCUUCGGGGCUUUGGAAGUGAAGUGGACGGAGUUGACGACACAGCAGUCCGUGCGGCUGAAGUGGAUUUGUCAGGCGGUUGUCGGGACUUUGGGUGGUCUCGUUUUCUUCUCGCACGGCUCAUAAGCUCAAGAAGAAAGACACGAAGUCUGCCGAAGUGCCUUCUUUUCACAACAACAAAUAACAAAGGCGUAAAAGUCGCUGGAAAUGAGGAGCUCCGAGCUGCGCUGCUGUGGAAAUCGUCUCUCAUCACCGCGCUGAUAGUUGAGCGAUUAGCUUUCAGCAACGAUAAAUUACUGUCUCGGACACAAACUGAGGAUGCAGUGUGAUGGCAAAAUGCUACAGGAACUGGAAGCUUAGCUUCUUAGACAAAGGAGCAGCAGUGAACUUUCAUCCUGGACCGUUCUCCUGAGUAUGUUUUCCUGUCCUACAAUCACACAAAUGGCCCAUGGGCUUCUUCCAGUGAUGUGUGUGCAGUGAGGGCUGGCUUGCUCUGUGGCCUGGUCCGGUUGCCAUGCUGGCUCUGGGAGUAGACUAUGGUAAGCCAGGAGGAAGAGGAGGAGGAAGAACAACGGCUGCGUGGCAGUCGCCCAUUAAAGAGAGGCCGUUGGCUCGGGACAGUGGUGUCAACAUCAAACAGAAAAUCUCCCAAUGGGAGGGACUUAGCCAUCAAGAGGACGGGCAAGGGAGUAAGGCCAAGACCCAUGGCACCCCUGUCUCUCGCACUUUGUCUGGGGACGUGCUCGGAAAUGGAGUUUGCUUUGAUGACAAAAGCGAUGAACUACGUAGAAAAACGAACAUAUCUAAGGCUGUAAGCCUGGGCCUGGAUUUCAGGGAAAACCAGGCUAGUCUCAGUCAGUUUACAGCAGGACGGACGUCCGAUUUACAGCAGGAACGGACACGUUUGAACAAAGUUGUAACCUCGACCCCUGUGUCUAAGCUAUCACCCAUUCUGACCCAAACCCAACCUCCUGUAAACAAACUGGAUGUUAAAAAGCUGAGGAACAUUAACAUUGAUUCUAGUGAUCGCUUCACGGACGCCGAAGUUAAACCUCUACCUCAGUGUGUAGAAGAUCCUGAGGACUCGCUGCCCCCUGGGAAUUUUUACACCUCCCGGGGUUUUUGGAGGAGACUGGAGGGCGAGGACUCGCUCUGGGUUAAAGAGAAAGACUCCUCACCGUUCUCUAAGCACCAUGUCUCAGGAGAAAGUCCACCAGAUGCUAACGUACCGCCACCCAAACCACAACGCACAUUCCAAUACCAGGGAGCUGACAGCCCACCUGCACAUUUGGUCGAAUGGGAGAAGCAGACUUCUCCUGUAAGCCAGUCAAAACAGAGAAGAAAUCGUGAUGUCAUACGUCCUCCCAGUGGGCCUCCUCCACCAUGUCCGGUCACUCCUAGCAAUGGUUUUUCCAGAAACAGAAAGAACAGGAAGUCAUUCGAGUUUGAGGACGUGGUUCGGUUGGCGGUUCAGCAGGGGUCUAGAGUGACGGAGGCUCGCCGUUCUGGGCUGUACCAUGCCCGGUCUGAGGACAGCAUCUAUGAAGACAUCAUCUCACAUGUGCCGAGGGAAAACCCUUAUGAGGACAUCAAACUGUCUCCUACGUGUCUGCCCAUCAUGCGGUCUCGAAACUGGACUGUUACACAAAGACCUUCUCCACACACCCCAAAGCUGCCCCCUAAGCCACUCACGUUACGGCCCAACGUUGACAGAUCGCAUGAGGAAGCGCGAGACUUCAGGCAGCCGGUGACAUCAUCCCAAACGUCUAAGACUAGCACGCCUAGACCAUCAGCAGCAAAACAUGCUACUGCCUACAGAGCUCAGCGCCAGCCUCAGUAUGUGAGCAGGAUCCAAGAGAUCUUCCAGGCUAAGAGAGGGAGGAAGAGAGUGAAAAGUCAGACGAGUACCAGCAGAGAUGAGCUGAGUGGAACAGAGAGUGAUCCAGAGGAGAGCACUAAAGGUGGCUCUCAGCGACUGGUAUAUGUACAGUCUACUUUGAAGAGGAGACCAGGGUAUCGCACCCUGGAGAGGGACCUAAUCCAGCUGCAGCAGGAACAACUCUUUCAGCUGUUUGUGGUAGUGUCGCUGAGAAAACGUUCCCCUGGGAACACGUAUUACCCAGAGGUCACGCAGCAGUUCCCCACCAAGUUUGAGAAGUCCACUCGGUUGUCUCGUGAGGCUGAGGAUCGACUGAAGGCCAUUCCCAGUUUCUGCUUCCCUGAUGCUCAGGACUGGAGGCCGUCUGCAGAUGCUAACAGUGAAACCUUUUCAUUCGUCCUGACGGGUGAAGACGGGAGCCGUUGGUUUGGUUACUGUCGCAAAAUCUUGCCCUGUGGAAAGGGGAAGAGACUGCCUGAAGUCCACUGCAUCAUCAGCAGACUGGGUUGUUUCAAUUUGUUUGCAAAGAUCUUGGAGGAGGUGGAGAGGAGAAGAGAAAUUGCUCCAGCAUUGGUUCACCCAUUUAUGCGAAGUGUCAUGGAGGCACCGUUUCCAGCCCCGGGACGCACAAUCACUGUCAAAAGCUUCCUGCCUGGUUCUGGCAAUGAGGAGCUGACUCUGUGUCGGCCAGUGGACUCACGACUGGAGCACGUCGAUUUUGAGAGUCUGCUGCAGUGUUUGAGUGUUAGCAGGCUGCUGCAGGUCUUUGCGUCUCUGCUGCUGGAGAGGAGAGUCAUCUUCAUUGCAGAUAAACUAAGCACUUUGUCCCGCUGUGCACAUUCAGCUCUUGCACUGCUCUAUCCGUUCACCUGGCAGCACACCUUCGUGCCCGUUCUGCCCGCCAGCAUGCUGGACAUUAGCUGCUCUCCCACACCCUUCGUCAUGGGGGCGCUGUCUCCGUCACUGCCUCAGCUGCUGGAUUUACCUAUUGAAGAAGUGCUCAUUGUGGACCUGUGCGCAGACAAGUUUGUUGUUCAGCUGGGAGAUGAGGACUGUAUCCUUCCCAGUAAACUCCAAGCAGCUCUGCAAGAGGUCCUGGAGAAUCGAGAGGAGAUGCUGGAGCAUGAUGACAGGAGAGGAGAAGAGUGUGAUCUGAGUGCGCUGGUGUCGGAGGCGUUUGUGCGCUUCUUCGUGGAGCUGGUGGGGCAUUACUCACUGCACAUCAGCGAGACGGGGCUGAGCGGCGUCCGUGAGCUCAACAGGGACACGUUCAGGAAGUCUCAUCCAUCCCGUGGGGUGCGGCAGUUCCUCCAGCUCUUCAUGGACACGCAGAUGUUCGCUGGCUUCAUCCAGGACCGAGAACUCCGCAAGGGGGGAGUCAAGGGCCUGUUUGAAGUCAGAGCAGCAGAAUACCUCGCGUCCUGUCCUGAGCCUGAACCCAGCGGAGUCAACAAAUUCCUCAAGGGACUCGGGAACAAAAUGAAGUUCUUACAGAAGAAGUGAGGGAUUGCCUAAGCAGAGAAAAAGCCGGGUGUCAAGUGCCAAAUGACGAAAGCCGUGGUUGUAAAGAGCGCUUAGAGGAGGCCUGUGAUUCAGCCAUCGCUGCAGUGAUCCUUCUCCCUCUGAGAAGACCAGCCAGCCGGGUGGAGAUGAGGUCAAGCCUGGACUGGGCCUGUUCCACCCUGAAAACGCUCCUGCUGGGAGCGCCAGUGCAAUUGUGUUGGGUUGAAAACUGGAAAUGGAUUUUUAUAAACAAGCAACGACGAAAGACUGAAUUAGAGCUGGGAGGAAAGGGAGAAGAAUGUGUCAUGUUAUUGUGUAAAGCAGAAAUCUUGGGGUGAAUUUCUGUAAGUUUCAGGCUAAUGAAGUAGUUCUUUUUACACUAACCCUGAACCUUUUUUAACUCUCAGAAAACAAAACAUUCUAUUUUAUAGUAAACAGGUCUGGGAUUUUCCUUACCCCUAAAGCCUUUCCAGACACAGGUAAUUGUGGUUAAAAUGAAGAGGUGGUUUCUCAUCACCGUCAGAAGAUAUAUAUUUAUAAUUCCUCUGAGGCACACUGAUAAUGCUUCUCGACAGAUUUUUAAAGUCUCUGAUUUCACUUCUUAUGUUGGUUUUUUUUUUUCUUUUCGAUUGGAAGUUUUUGUGGAUUAAUGUCUGCAAAGACACAUUUCAAAAUACUUUUACAUUUUGUACAGUUUUAUAUGGGUGUUUUGUAUAACCAUGAAUGUUCUGUGUCAUUUUCAAAUAAAAUGCCUUCAUGUUUCAAA